AUGGCUCGCUACGGCGCCGUUGUUGCUACCCUAAUGGCACUGUUCUUCGGUUCUGUGCUGGCGCAGUCUCCGUCAUCGGCGCCAACGGCUCACGCACAUCCGCCGUCCGCAUCUCAUUCCCCGACUUCCUCUCCGCCGAAGACCCACACGCCGCCAAAAUCUGCUUCUCCGCCGCCGGCUUCUUCGCCUGCUCCAGAGUCUGUUCCCGCUCCUCCGUCGAAGAAUCCUCCGGCAAACGCCCCUUCUCCGGCCGCCGACACACCGCCGCCAUCUCCUCCCUCUCCUCCGUCUCCUACCCCCUCUGAUUCUGCCCCGGCGCCUAGUUCCUCGGUGAUCUCCUCACCUCCCGCAGAAGCCCCGACCUCGGCCGCCAGCUCCUUCUAUAAGGGACUCGCAUUGGCCGGAUCUCUUUCCGCCAGCUCCUUGGCCGCCAUUUUCGUCAUAUAG